AUGACCACUAGUACGUCGAAUGACAUGAUUCCUGAGGAGCCACGUGCUCCUCACGUCCCCCGUUUGACUAGAAGGCUGACCGGGUUCUUGCCCCAGGAGAUCAAGUCGAUCGAUAACAUCAUCCCAUUGCACUGCAGAAAGGUAUGGAGCAAGCAUCAGGUCAAGAAGUUCGAAGAUAACGAAGGGUUCCAACAGAGGUUUAUAGGUCACGUGGAGACGACGUUAGCGAGGUCACUUUACAACUGCGAUGACCUGGCAGCCUACGAGGCCACGUCUCUCAGUGUUCGAGACAAUCUGAUCAUCAAUUGGAAUGCUACGCAGCAAAGAAUCACCGCUCGGGACCCUAAGCGUGUUUACUACCUGUCUUUGGAGUUCUUGAUGGGCAGGGCUCUUGACAAUGCGUUGAUCAAUAUGGAGGUGGAAAAGCCGGACGGCAAAGGUAUGGAAAGCUCGAGGGCGUUGGUGUCGAAGUCUUUGGAUGACUUGGGGUUCCGCUUGGAGGACGUUCUUGAGAAGGAGCCGGACGCGGCGCUAGGUAACGGUGGUCUUGGAAGGUUGGCAGCCUGUUUCGUUGACUCGAUGGCUACACAGAAUAUACCGGCUUGGGGUUACGGACUCCGUUACGAAUAUGGUAUAUUUGCGCAGAAGAUCAUCGAUGGCUAUCAGGUUGAGACCCCUGACUACUGGCUGAACUUUGGCGAUCCGUGGGAGAUUGAACGGAACGAAAUUCACGUUCCGGUGACAUUUUACGGUUAUGUAGAUAGGCCAUCUGGAGAUACGUCGACUUUAGCUCCUUCUGAGUGGAUUGGUGGUGAGCGAGUUCUUGCUGUGGCAUACGAUUUUCCUGUACCUGGUUACAAAACUUCUACCGUUAACAAUUUGAGGCUGUGGAAGGCUAAGCCUACAACAGAGUUUGAUUUUGCUAAGUUCAACAGCGGUGAUUACAAGAAUUCAGUUGACCAGCAGCAGCGCGCCGAGUCCAUCACAGCUGUUUUGUAUCCGAACGACAAUUUUAACCAGGGCAAAGAGUUGAGAUUAAAGCAGCAGUAUUUCUGGUGUGCGGCAUCGCUACAUGACAUCAUCAGAAGAUUCAAAAAGAGUCAUAAACCUUGGUCAGAGUUCCCUGAGCAGGUAGCAAUUCAGUUGAAUGAUACGCACCCUACUUUGGCCGUCGUUGAGCUGCAAAGAAUCCUAGUUGACAUGGAGAAACUGGAUUGGCAUGCGGCUUGGGAUAUCGUUGUCAAGACUUUCUCUUACACCAACCACACGGUGAUGCAGGAAGCAUUGGAGAAGUGGCCGGUCGGGUUAUUUGGCAAGUUGCUACCUAGACAUCUUGAGAUUAUCUACGAUGUCAACUGGUUCUUCUUAAAGGAAGUUGAGAAGAAAUUUCCAAAGGACUUGGGAUUGCUCGGACGUGUGUCAAUUAUUGAGGAAGCUUCUCCUGAGAGACAGAUAAGAAUGGCUUUCUUGGCUAUUGUUGGCUCUCACAAAGUGAAUGGUGUCGCGGAGCUGCAUUCUGAACUUAUCAAGACAACCAUAUUCCAAGACUUUGUCAAGGUCUAUGGCGAAAAGAAGUUCACUAACGUGACUAACGGUAUUACUCCAAGAAGAUGGUUGAAGCAGGCUAAUCCCAAGCUGGCUGAAUUGAUUGGACAAGCUAUCGACGAUCCUGAUGAAAACUAUUUGUUGGAUAUGUCCAGAUUAACUGAACUGGCAAAGAAGGCGGAUGACCCUGAUUUCCAGGAGAAAUGGGAUAAAGUUAAAGCUGCUAAUAAGGUGCAGUUGGCUGAUCUGAUCAGAGACAUCAACAAUGGCGUCGACAUCAUCGAUAGAGAGCACAUCAACAACACCUUGUUUGACAUUCAGGUCAAACGAAUUCAUGAAUACAAGCGUCAACAGAUGAAUAUCUUUGGUGUCAUCUACCGGUACCUAGCCAUAAAGAGAUUGCUGAAAGAGGGAGCUUCUAUUAAAGAAGUGGCGAAGAAGUAUCCACGCAAGGCAUCCAUUUUUGGUGGUAAGAGCGCGCCUGGUUAUUACAUGGCCAAGCUUAUCAUCAAACUGAUCAACUCAGUUGCCGAAGUGGUUAAUAACGAUAAGGAAAUUCAGGACUUAUUGAAAGUGGUCUUUAUUCCUGACUACAACGUUUCAAAGGCCGAAAUCAUCAUUCCCGCCAGUGAUUUGAGUGAACAUAUUUCUACAGCUGGUACCGAGGCCUCCGGUACAUCCAACAUGAAGUUUGUCAUGAACGGUGGCUUAAUUAUCGGCACAGUUGAUGGUGCUAAUGUCGAAAUCACCAGAGAGAUUGGUGAGGACAAUAUUUUCUUGUUUGGUAAUUUGAGUGAGAAUGUCGAGGAGUUGAGAUAUAACCACCAGUUCCAUGAAGCUGAAAUGCCCACCGAAUUGGAUGUGGUCCUUAAAUGCAUCGAGAGCGGCAAAUUUUGUCCGGACAAUGCGAGCGAGUUCAGGCCCUUGACGGAUAGCAUCAAGCAACAUGGUGACUACUACUUAGUGAGCGAUGACUUUGAAUCAUAUCUGGCCACCCAAGAAUUGGUUGAUGAAGUUUACCAUGGGCAGAGGCAAGAGUGGAUUAAGAAAUCUAUCUUGAGUGUUGCCAAUGUUGGUUUCUUUAGCAGUGAUCGUUGCAUUGAGGAGUACUCCGAAACUAUCUGGAAUGUUGAACCAGUGAAGCCAGAAGAGUGA